AAAAAAACUUUUAUAUUAACGAAAAAUGUCUUUUUCUGCAAGUGUUUUUCAUCGUAGCCAACAAAUAGCUUCGGCGAUUUUUAAAAAUCGUAGAUUGCUUGUUUUACAGCAACAACAACAACACUCUCCGAUAAAUUCAAUUUCUUAUUUGACAGUUGUCAAAAAAAAUUUUAUUAUAAAUAGUCAACACAUAAAGCCGGUUACUAAAAUUUCUUCUCGUUAUUCGUCAACAAUUAGUGCAAGCAUGGAGAAAAACGGAGUUGUUCCUGAUGUGAUUCCCUGUGCACCAAAGGAAAUUGCAAAGAUUUGCUAUGCUAGCGGUGCUACAGUUUGCGAAGGAAACGUGCUAACACCAACUCAGGUUAAGGACCAGCCAACUGUUACUUGGAAUGCAGAUCCUAACGCAUUGUACACUCUUUGCAUGACUGAUCCUGAUGCACCAAGCCGCAAGGAGCCUACUUUUCGCGAAUGGCAUCAUUGGUUAGUCGGUAAUAUACCUGGUAAUAAGGUUGCCGAAGGCGAAGUUUUAUCAGCUUAUGUCGGUUCAGGACCGCCAGAAGGCACCGGUUUGCAUCGCUACGUUUUUCUUAUUUUCAAACAAAAUUGUAAAUUGACUUUUGACGAAAAACGUUUGCCCAACAACAGUGGUGACGGUCGUGGUGGCUUUAAAAUUGCGGAGUUCGCAAAGAAAUAUGCUCUAGGUACUCCAGUUGCUGGGAAUUUCUACCAGGCUGAAUGGGACGAUUAUGUUCCAGAGCUUUAUAAACAAUUAGGCGCAUAGGUACCUAUGCGGAAUAAGUAUAUAAAGUUAUAUAAUCAAAGUUUUCUUUCAAGGCAUAUAAUGCUACAAAUUUAUAAUGUUAUUUUGGUAAAAUUUUUGGUCAAAUAAAUUGCAUUUCAACGAAAUAAAAAAAAUUUUUUUUACACAAAA